GUGGCUCAUACAGCAGAUUGAAAGCAGAUUUUUUUUUUCCUGUUUCUUUUCACAUCGAGAAUGGAAAACAUCAGAUUUUUUCUCCGACGUCACGUCUUUGCUUUUGUUCUUCUCGUCGUCCCUGCUGUCUGUGGAGACGUGAGUUACUUGAUCCCGGAGGAAAUGAAACGUGGAUCAAUCAUUGGAAAUGUCGCAAAGGAUCUUGGACUUGAUUUGGGUUCGUUUUCCUCUCGAAAGGCCCGUGUGGAUACAGAAGAUAAUAAUGUUCAGUACUGCGGUGUGAAUCUGAACACCGGAGACCUGAUGGUUCAGGAAAGGAUCGACAGAGAGGGGCUUUGUGGAAAAAAAGCAUCGUGUGUUCUCAAGCAAGAACUCGUGCUGGAAAAUCCGUUAGAGCUGCAUCGAAUAAAUAUCCGAGUUGAAGAUAUUAAUGACAAUUCACCGCAGUUUAAACAGGAUUCUAUUAAAAUCGAAAUCCAGGAAUCAGCAUCCAGAGGUGCGCGUUUUCUUCUGAGUGAAGCGCAAGAUGGAGACAUCGGAGAGAAUUCUGUUCAGAGCUACACGUUGGAGCAAAAUGAUCAUUUUAAAUUAAAUGUUAAUACGAAAGAAAGAGGCAAAAAAUACUGUGAAUUGGUUCUGGACAAAGAACUGGACAGGGAAGACAAAAAAGAGAUGACGUUGUUGCUGACAGCAUUCGAUGGAGGCUCUCCUCAGAGAUCAGGCAGUGUCGUCAUCCACGUCACUGUACUGGACGCUAAUGAUAACGUACCAGUAUUUAGUCAGAACCUUUAUAAAGCCAGUCUGCCUGAAAACUCUCCUGUGAACACUUUGGUGCUCACAGUGAGUGCUACUGAUGCAGAUGAAGGUUUAAAUGGAGAAAUUACUUAUGGAUUUGAUCAUGUUUCAGAUGAAAACAACAAUUUGUUUAUUUUACACCCUAAAACUGGAGAAGUGAGAGUUGCUGGAGUUAUUGAUUAUGAGAAAAUGGCUUCUUAUGAAGUGCAGAUUAGUGCCAAAGAUGGUUUGGGAUUAGUUUCAUAUGCAACAUUAACUAUAGAAAUUACUGAUAUAAAUGAUAACGCUCCAGUGAUCUACCUGAAAUCACUGACUAACCCCAUACCUGAGAACAUUUUACCUGGUACAGAGGUUGGAAUCAUUAAUGUUCAGGACAGAGACUCAGAGAAUAACAGACAGGUCCGCUGCUCCAUUCAGCAUAAUGCUCCCGUUAAAUUGGUUCCUUCCAUUAAAAACUAUUAUUCUCUGGUGACAACAGGACAUUUGGACCGUGAAUUAGUGUCUGAUUACAACAUCACAAUCACAGCUACUGAUGAGGGCUCUCCACCUCUGUCCUCCUCUAAAACUGUUCAGUUAUCUGUAGCUGAUAUCAACGACAACCCACCUGUGUUUUUGGAACAGUCCUACAGCACCCACGUGACUGAAAACAACAAACCUGGCUCCACUUUAUGUUCUGUUUCUGCUCGAGACCCUGACUGGAGACAAAACGGGACAGUGAUUUAUUCUCUUUUACCUGGUGAGGUGAACGGAGCCCCGGUGUCCUCUUAUCUGUCUGUUAACGGAGACACGGGGGUGAUCCACGCUGUCAGGUCCUUUGAUUAUGAACAGUUCAGGAGUUUGAAAGUCCACGUGAUGGCCAGAGACAACGGUUCUCCUCCACUCAGCAGCAACGUGACCGUCAGUGUCUUCAUCAUGGAUGUGAAUGACAACUCUCCUCAGAUACUGUACCCCGCCCCGGAGGGCAACUCCUUCAUGACCGAGCUGGUCCCCAAAGCUGCACAAGGAGGCUCUCUGGUGUCCAAAGUGAUCGCUGUGGACGCGGACUCUGGACAGAAUGCCUGGCUGUCCUAUCACAUAGUCAAAUCCACUGAUCCGGGACUUUUCACUAUUGAUGUCCACAGUGGAGAGAUCAGGACACAGCGGGACAUUUCUGAAUCUGACAGCAUGAAACAGAACCUUAUUGUAGCAGUUCAAGAUAACGGACAGCCCUCUCUGUCUGCCACCUGUUCCAUGUAUUUAGUCAUUUCUGACAACUUGGCUGAGAUACCAGAGAUGAAGGACAUGUCUUAUGAGGAGAAGAAUUCCAAGUUAACCUCUUAUCUGAUCAUCGCACUGGUGUCUGUGUCCACCUUCUUCCUGACCUUUAUUAUUGUUGCUGUUGGUGUGAAGUUUUGUCACAGAAGAAAACCCAGAAUGUUGUUUGAUGGAGCAGUUGCCAUCCCCAGUGGUUAUCCUCCUCCUCAGUACGCAGAUGUUGAUGGAAUAGGAACUUUACGCAGCAUAAAUUAUGACACCUACCUGACAACAGGUUCAAGAACCAGUGACUUUAAGUUUGUGUCAUCUUACAAUGACAACACUCUGCCUGCAGACCAGAAUCUGAAGAAAAGUCCAGAUUUUGGUGAUAGCAUUGGAGAUUGUGAUGGUUCUCCUCAUGAGGCAUACGAUGGAGACAUCGGAGAAAACGCUGUUAAAGGCUACUCACUGCAGGAAAAUGCCAAUUUUAGAUUAAAUGUGAACACAAAAGCUGGUGGACGAAAGCAAUGUGAACUUGUUCUGGACAAAGAAUUGGACAGGGAAGACAAAAAAGACAUGACGUUGUUGCUGACAGCAUUCGAUGGAGGCUCUCCUCAGAGAUCAGGCAGUGUCGUCAUCCACGUCACUAUACUGGACGCUAAUGAUAACGUACCAGUAUUUAGUCAGACCCUUUAUAAAGCCAGUCUGCCUGAAAACUCUCCUGUGGACACUUUGGUGCUCACAGUGAGUGCGACUGAUGCAGAUGAAGGUUUAAAUAGUGAAAUUACUUAUGGAUUUGAUCAUGUUUCAGAUGAAAACAACAAUUUGUUUAUUUUACACCCUAAAACUGGAGAAGUGAGAGUUGCUGGAGUUAUUGAUUAUGAGAAAAUGGCUUCUUAUGAAAUGCAGAUUUGUGCCAAAGAUGGUUUGGGAUUAGUUUCAUAUGCAACAUUAACUAUAGAAAUUACUGAUAUAAAUGAUAACGCUCCAGUGAUCUACCUGAAAUCACUGACUAACCCCAUACCUGAGAACAUUUUACCUGGUACAGAGGUUGGAAUCAUUAAUGUUCAGGACAGAGACUCAAAGAAUAACAGACAAGUCCGCUGCUCCUUUCAGCAUAAUGCCCCCUUUAAGUUGGUUCCUUCCAUUAAAAACUAUUAUUCUCUGGUGGCAACAGGACAUUUGGACCGUGAAUUAGUGUCUGAUUACAACAUCACAAUCACAGCUACUGAUGAGGGCUCUCCACCUCUGUCCUCCUCGAAAACUGUUCAGUUAUCUGUAGCUGAUGUCAAUGACAACCCACCUGUGUUUUUGGAACAGUCCUACAGCACCCACGUGACUGAAAACAACAAACCUGGCUCCACUUUAUGUUCUGUUUCUGCUCGAGACCCUGACUGGAGACAAAACGGGACAGUGAUUUAUUCUCUUUUACCUGGUGAGGUGAACGGAGCCCCGGUGUCCUCUUAUCUGACUCUUAACGGAGACACGGGGGUGAUCCACGCUGUCAGGUCCUUUGAUUAUGAACAGUUCAGGAGUUUGAAAGUCCAUGUGAUGGCCAGAGACAACGGUUCUCCUCCACUCAGCAGCAACGUGACCGUCAGUGUCUUCAUCACGGAUGUGAAUGACAACUCUCCUCAGAUACUGUACCCCGCCCCGGAGGGCAACUCCUUCAUGACUGAGCUGGUCCCCAAAGCUGCACAAGGAGGCUCUCUGGUGUCCAAAGUGAUCGCAGUGGACACAGACCCUGGACAGAAUGCCUGGCUAUCAUAUAGAGACAUGUUGGUCAUCAAUGUUUCCUAG